AUGGGAAACACCAACAAAUACUGUUAUGGAUUUUGUUUAUUCACUUCCAUACUAAUCAAUAUUUUGUUUACCAUAAAUCUGUACCUCGGUGGCGGUGGCAGUGGCAGUGGUGGUGGCGUCGGCGGUGGUGGUGGUGGUGUUGUUGGCGGGUUGAGUUGGAGUGAGAAGGCGGCGGCUGAGGCGGAGGCGGUUGCAGCAAUUUCAUGUUCAGGCCAUGGCAGAGCUUAUGUUGAUGGCUCCAUUAAUUCUGAAGGUCGACCCGUUUGUGAGUGCUAUGAUUGCUAUACCGGUAUUGAUUGCUCGCAAAUAUCGCCUACAUGUCCUGCAGAUGCCGAUAGUGGGGAUCCAAUAUUCUUGGAGCCAUUCUGGAUGCAACAUGCAACCAACAGUGCAAUUCUCAUAUCAGGAUGGCAUCGUAUGAGUUACAGAUACAACGGCAAUCCUUUCAUAUCAGCGGAACUCGAAAACUACAUCCGUAAAAUGCAUUCGGUUGCCGGGAAUGCGAUCACCGAAGGACGAUAUAUCGUCUUCGGUAUCGGCUCAUCCCAACUCCUUAAUGCAGCUGUUUAUGCCCUUUCCUCCCAAGACUCCUCUUCUCCUGUUUCCAAUGUUCUUGCUUCCAUCCCAUUCUAUCCGAUGUACAAGACUCAAACGGUGUUCUUUAACUCGGAGAAUUUUCAAUUUGAAGGAGAUACAAACGCAUGGCAAUCGAAUAACUCUACAAACAACAUGGAUGUCGUUGAAUUUGUAACAUCACCAAACAAUCCCGAUGGGGAGUUGAAGAAAUCGGUUCUCGGAGGGAAGACCAUAUACGAUCAUGCCUAUUUUUGGCCACAUUUUACACCGAUCCCGGGCCCUUCGGAUCAUGAUCUCAUGGUCUUUACUCUUUCAAAGCUCACGGGUCACGCUGGUGCUCGUUUUGGGUGGGCAGUGAUAAAAGAUAAAGACGUAUACGAAAAGGUUUCAAAAUAUAUCGAAGUGGCUGAUUUGGGGAUUUCGAAGGACACUCAAUCGAGAGUUUUGAAGCUUCUAAAAGUAGCCGUUGAAGGCGAUGGAAAACCGCUUUUCGAAUUUGCUUAUAACAAAAUGAAGGAUCGUUGGGAUAGAUUGACUUCUGUAUUCUCAAAGUCAACAAGAUUUUCAAUCCAAAAGAGACAUCCAUUGCACUGCAAUUUCUUCAAUGAAACUAGACUACCAUCUCCAGCUUAUGCAUGGGUAAAAUGCGAGCUAGAAGAAGAAGACGACUGUGGCAAAGUGUUAGAAGCAGGAAACAUCAUAGGUCGUGCUGGUAGUGCGUUCAGUGCCAAAGAUCGUCAUGUGCGACUUAGUCUCAUCAAGAGCCAAGACGACUUUGAAUUACUUAUGCAACGGCUCACCGAGAUAGUGUCUCUUGAAAAUGGUAGCAUCAAAACAAUGUGAAAGGCUCAAAUAAAUCAUUAUUCCAAGGGCAAAUUGUGUACGCUAUAAAUAUUGUAUAGUUUAAGUUUGUUGGGUCAUUGUUUACGCAAACUAUCUCGUUGCUUGUAGAAAGUAAUUAUUGAUUCGCUAGGAUGUGUAAAAAAUUAACAUUUAUGCACCAAACGGUAUAUAUGUUGGUGUGUGUUUUUAAAGUUUUCAAUGUCGAUACUAUUUUUAAU